GCUUCUUCCGUCUCCGGUCUGGAUUUCAUAUCUCCUCUCCACCUCCGAAGCCCUUCUUGCCUCUCUAUUCAUCUGCGCCUUGCUUCUACUUCCGGAGGUUAAGGUUGCGUUUACCACUCAUGCAUUCUUAACAGAUUGUUUUGUGUGUUCAGAUCUAGUUUUCAAGUACAAAGUGCAACUACUCGUGAUUUCACAUUUUGUCUUGAAGCAGGUUCUUCUAAGAAAAUUCACUAUUGCAUAAGAGUUGGAGAUAAAGAGAUGGAAAAGUCAAGGGUAACAAAGGCAGUGAAAGGAGAUGUUAAUGACAAUAGUGCUUGGGGAUGGUUGAUCCACAAGGGUAUUUCGGCUCCAUUCAUUUGCAUUAGUCUAUUUGCAAUUCUUGUUCGAGUUGCUGUAUCCUUGCAUCCGUAUUCUGGAGCGGGUGAUCCACCCAAGUAUGGAGAUUUUGAAGCACAGAGACAUUGGAUGGAGAUCACAACCAAUCUUCCGGUCAAUGAAUGGUAUCACAACAGCACUACUAAUGAUCUUAGUUACUGGGGACUUGACUACCCACCGCUUACUGCCUAUCAGAGUUAUAUUCAUGGUCUUGUGCUGAGAUUCUUCCAUCCAGAGUCGGUUUCACUUUAUACUUCACGAGGCCAUGAGUCAUAUAUUGGAAAACUGCUAAUGAGGUGGACAGUUUUAACCUCUGAUGUCCUCAUAUUCUUUCCUGCAGUUCUAUGGUUAAUUCUAGUCUAUGCAGACCAAUGGAGACGGCAUAAAAGUAACUUAGCGUGGCAUGUUGCAAUGAUUUUACUUAACCCAUGCCUCAUCCUUAUUGAUCAUGGUCAUUUUCAGUACAACUGCAUAAGCUUAGGACUUACCCUUGGAGCUGUUUCGGCUAUACUUCAUGACAAAGAUCUCGUGGCUUCAUUCUUGUUCAGUCUUGCUCUCAAUCACAAGCAGAUGAGUGCUUAUUUCGUGCCUGCAUUUUUCAGCCAUCUAUUGGGCAAAUGCUUAAAGCGUCAAAAUCCACUUUUCGAGGUAUCAAAGUUGGGCAUGGUUGUUGUAGGAACAUUUGCUCUUGUUUGGUGGCCAUAUCUUCACUCCAGAGUUGCAAUUUUGGAGGUUCUAUCCCGCCUAGCCCCUUUUGAGAGGGGAAUAUACGAGGACUAUGUGGCUAACUUUUGGUGCACAACUUCAGUCCUCAUAAAGUGGAAGCGAUUAUUCACCACACAAUCACUGAAACUCUUAAGUCUUACCAUGACUGUUUCUUCAUGUCUGCCUUCCAUGUUUCUGCAGAUACGGGCUCCAAGUAACCGAGCUUUCCUCUAUGGACUGCUUAAUAGUGCUUUCUCAUUCUAUUUGUUUUCAUUUCAAGUACACGAGAAAUCUAUUCUAUUGCCGCUCUUGCCAGCAACCAUUUUAGCCGUAGAAGAACCGUUCCUUUUUCAGUGGCUAACACAGUUCGCCUUGCUCUCUAUGUUCCCACUCUUAACACGUGACAAAUUGGUUCUUCCAUACAUCGCUCUUUAUGGUAUCUUCAUCUCCGUUUACUAUGCCCCCAAUGGAAAACCCGACGCACCAAAUACUCGUUCUUCAUCUCGUUUGACAUCAUUUCUGAUUGCUUUUGUUCUUCUCUUAUCUCUUGCUCUCCACAUCAUUUACCUAACCAUAAACCCUCCUAAGAAAUACCCUUUUCUCUUUGAAGCCAUCAUCAUGCUUCUUUGCUUCUCUCAAUUUGUUUUGGUUGCCGUCUACUCAAAUCGAAAGCAGUGGAUCUUGUCGAAUCAGCAGUCACCAAUCGGAAUUCAAAAGAAGCAGCUUUGAUAUUUUUAAGUUCAACCAGGGGCGGAUUUAAGAAGGGGAGGGGCGCCUGUUUCACCGCUUUAAUUUGAUGUGCAGUUAACAAAAAGUGGUUGCAGUCUAUUGGCAGGGUCAUUUCAUGUAGCAUUAUAGGUUGCAAGUUCGAAUGCCUUUGAUUUUUUUUCAUUUUUUGGUAACAGCAGAAGGUCAAAAAAAUCACUUGUAUGUUAUUUUUUAAUUACACUGUACUUUUUAUAAUACUUGUUUUUGGAUCGAAAGGAGCAGGGAAUGCUUGGUAUUCUGUUGUACCGUUUAACGUCAGUUUUCAAUUGUUGCAAGGG